AUGUCCGCCCCCAACCCCAAGGCCUUCCCCCUCGCCAACGCUCAGCUCACCAACCAGAUUCUGGAUGUUGUGCAGCAGGCUUCUCACUUCAAGCAGCUCAAGAAGGGUGCUAACGAGGCUACCAAGACACGUCCCGAAGAAGACAAGCAGCCCCAUGUUGGAUCGACGGUAUUCCCCAAAAACAACAAGCACGACGCGCUUUCUGUACACAGUCCCCCUCCUAAUGGCCGUGACGACUAA